GUGCGCGCCCUGCCCGUCCUGCCGCCGGCAGUGCCAUGAGAGGCUCGGGCGGCGAGGAGCGGGUGGCGAGGGCUCUGGGUGUUACAUGCAUCCGAUAAUCUUCUUCUCCAAAAUGGAUUUUAGUCAGAGCAAUUUAUUUGGAUACAUAGAAGACCUGCAGGAACUAACUAUUAUAGAGAGGCCAAUACGCAGGAGCCUGAAGACGCCAGAAGAAAUAGAAAGACUGACAGUUGAUGAAGAACUCAGUGAUAUUGAAAGGGCUGUUUAUCUACUCAGUUCUGGCCAGGAUAUCCAAGGAACAAGUGUGGUGGCAAAUCUUCCAGUCCUGAUGCGACAGAAUCCUGCAGAAACACUUCGUCGGGUUUUACCAAAAAUCAGAGAGGUGCUGCAUGUUGCAGGAGUGGAAAUGCAGUUAACAGCUGCUGUUUCAUUUUUGACUAUUCUGCAAGAGGAGUCCGUAUCCAUUCACACGUAUUCCCACUCCUUCCUACACAUCAUUCUUCAGCACCUGGAACACAGAGAUGCAGGUGUCAGCAAUGCAUGGCUGGAAACUCUACUUGCUGUAAUAGAAGCUUUACCAAAAGAGACUGUCAGACAUGAGAUCCUGAAUCCACUUGUAUCCAAAGCACAGCUUUCUCAAACACUUCAGUCCCGCUUAGUUAGUUGUAAAAUCAUGGGAAAAUUAGCUAACAAAUUUGAAGCUCAUAUUAUUAAAAGAGAGAUUCUUCCACUGGUAAAAUCACUCUGCCAGGAUGUGGAGUAUGAAGUGAGAGCUUGCAUGUGUCGGCAAUUGGAACAUAUAGCUCAAGGAAUAGGGACAGAACUAACAAAAACUGUGGUGCUUCCUGAAUUGGUAGAACUGGCAAGAGAUGAGGGCAGCAGCGUGCGCCUUGCAGCCUUUGAGACAUUAGUGAAUCUGCUCGAUAUGUUUGAUGCAGAUGAUAGGAGUCAAACUGUGCUCCCCUUAGUGAAAUCUUUCUGCGAAAAAUCCUUCAAAGCAGAUGAAUCUAUCCUACUUUCUUUAUCUUUCCAUUUAGGGAAACUAUGUAAUGGAUUAUAUGGCAUUUUUACUCCUGAACAGCACUUACGGUUUUUGGAAUUUUAUAAGAAGCUUUCCACUCUGGGUUUACAGCAGGAAAAUGGACACAAUGAUAAUCAACUACAGCUUCAAACUCUGGAACAGGAAAAGAAGUAUAUUUUAGUGAGGAAGAACUGUGCUUACAAUUUCCCAGCCAUGAUUGUUUUUGUGGAUCCAAAGAACUUCCAUUUAGAACUGUAUUCUAUAUUCUUCUGCCUUUGUCAUGACCCUGAAGUUCCUGUCAGAUAUACUAUGGCCUUAAGCUUCUAUGAAGUUGCUAAGCUUUUAAAUUCUGGUGUGUAUACAAUACAUAAAGAACUGGUUACUCUGUUACAGGAUGAGUCACUGGAGGUUUUGGAUGCCCUUGUAGGUCACCUUCCUGAAAUCCUUGAACUAAUGACUAAUGGAGGAGAAAACAAUGGAUCAGAAAGCAAGUUAUUGUCUAUUCCUGACUUGAUUCCUGCAUUAACAACAGCAGAACAGAGAGCAGCAACUUCUUUAAAAUGGAGAACUCAUGAAAAGUUACUACAAAAAUAUGCAUGUCUCCCUCAUAUCAUAUCAAGUGAUCAGAUUUAUUAUCGUUUUCUUCACAGAAUGUUGACAAUCAUUUUGACAAAUAAUGUCCUGCCAGUCCAAAAAGCAGCAGCUCGAACUCUCUGUGUUUAUUUACGUUACAAUCGCAAACAAGAACAGAGACACGAGGUUAUUCAGAAACUGAUUGAACAACUGGGCCAAGGAAAAAGUUAUUGGAACAGACUUCGUUUUUUAGAUACUUGUGAAUUCAUUAUGGAACUGUUUUCAAAAUCAUUCUUCUGUAAAUACUUCUUUCUACCUGUGCUUGAACUUACACAUGAUCCAGUGGCAAAUGUGAGAAUGAAGUUAUGCUAUUUGCUGCCAAAAGUUAAAUCUACUCUGAAGAUUCCCACUGAUAAACAUUUACUUCAGCAGUUGGAAUUAUGUAUAAGGAAACUUUUGUGUCAAGAGAAAGACAAGGAUGUCUUGACUAUUGUUAAAAGGACAGUAUUAGAACUGGACAGAAUGGAGAUCUCUGUAGAUGCUGAACAAUUGGAGAAAGAGAAGCAGCAAAACGAAGGAAGAUCUACAAAUAUUAAUGAUAAAUUUUUUGAAAAGAAGCGUAGAGACAGUAAAACAUCAUCAGUGUUGGCAAAAAGUAUCACCUUGGCUGUUCCUGGCAGCCUGUCUGGUACAUCAGCAGGCAAAGAAGACAAGAAAUCCAAGUUGGUUCGAAGCCAGUCUUUCAGUACUCAAGCACUACAUCCAAAAUACAGCAACAUAGACAAGUGCCCUAAUAAAAGCUCUGCUACAGGUUAUACAUCUUCAGUAUCAGGAAUUGGGAAAAGUUCUAGGUUAUCCUAUAGUGAUGAUUCAUUCCGGACUCAUUCCACUGGUAAUAGUGGGAAUGCUGCCUUCCUUUCCAGUUCUUCUUCUCGCAACUUAUUUAACUCAGCUGACCAAAAGAACAAUGGAAAUAAGGAGAGCCAGUCCCGGAAGAUGAGCAUAAAAAACAGAAAAUCCAAUUCUUAGAUCUUCUGACAGAAAAAGAAGGGAACCAGAGACUGGUGGAAGCAACUUUCUGCUGCCAUAAGAUGGGAGCAGCAAGAUGGGACUCUAAUGCCUGGAAUGAAUAAAAUGCAUCUUGCAAUGUUAAAGCCUUUUAUCUUUUAAAUAAAAUCCCAAGCUGUAAAAUGUGUUCUGAUAAGUAAUGUAAUGGUUGCAAAAUUCUAACAUUGUAGUGAAAUGUUAUGAAAUAGAACUUCAGCUACGUACUCUUAACUGCUGCAGCUAGAGGGAGGUUUUUGGUUUUUUCAAUUAUGCCUUUGUAGUUCAAACUAUUGGGUUUAAAAUGCAUAUAUCCAUUACUUAAUUGGCUUGUUUUCAAUUGUAAAAAUUAUUAGCACCCAUGUUUUAUGUAAGAAAUAGAAGGAGUUGUUAUGAAUAUGCAAAGGUAAUCACACAUUUUAAAGAACCUUCUAAUGUAAUUUAAGACCAAAGUCCAGAACCAUUGAUCAGUCUAUAAAAAAACAUAAACUUCGAUGUCAUUGUGCUGUUAAUUUGGAGGUAAUGUUUUUACAGGUACUAAGUAAAGUUCAUAAAAAGCCUCUGGAAGUUUCAAAGCAAGCUAAAAGCAUAUGUCUCCAGAUGAUAUAUACAAAAAAGGUUUUAUUUCAUAAAUUAUGUUGGAUAAAUACUUGUUUUAAUUUUUAGUAUUUCAGAUUGUAUUUUCACUUGAACAAUUUAUAAUGAUGAAUCUAGUUUUUAAUUGGCUGCUAUUUCAAGCUGUUAUGCUUCAGUGGUGUCAUCUGCAUUUGUUUGUAUUAAUGCUAAUGUUUCUAUCAAAAUUUGUCUGUAGAAAACCAUGCAAUUCAAUUUUAAAAAGUUUUAUUUAUGCCAAUACUUGAGAGAGAGCCUAUGAAGCUAUUGUCAGCUUCUCUAUUUCAAAAUGGAAGCAGCAUAAAUAUAUUGAUAUCAGAAAUACGUGUUUUUUAAAAUCUGUUGGUGUAUGAUAAAGAUGAUCUGAUUUGUGAAUGCA